UCAAGAGCAAAAAUGAAGAAUCUGUUCAAGAAGCUGUAUUCAACGCUGACUUGUUCAAAUCCAACAAAUUCCAGCUUCAUCUCCUACUACUUUUCCCUUAUUAACUCUUCGCCAAACUGCAAGCAUUUACGCCACCUCCACGCUCGCUUGCUCAGAACCUCGCUGUACAACAAUGUUGUCCUCAGUUCCAAGCUUGUUUUGGCCUAUUCUCAUCACAACAACCUCGUCCCCCACUCUCUUUCAGUCUUCUUUCACAUGCCGCAAAGGAAUAUUUAUUCUUGGAACAUCAUAAUCGGCGAGUUCUCGCGCUCAAAUUCACCCCUUAAAGCCAUAGAUUUGUUUCUUCAAAUGUGGCAGAGUUCUGAUGCCAGGCCCGAUGACUUCACUCUCCCACUUGUUUUAAGGGCAUGCGUGAGUUAUGGACAAGUGAAACUAGGUGUUUCUUUUCAUGGGUUGUGCGUGAAACUGGGUUUCGAAAGGAGUUUAUAUGUUGCUUCUGCUUUGGUUUACUUGUAUGUUAGUUUUGGGAAGGUUUUUGAUGCGAGAGUUGUGUUUGAUGGAAUGCCGAAGAAAGACGCAGUGUUGUGGACGGCCAUGUUGGAUGGAUACGCAAAGCAUGAGGAACCCAUGUUGGGUUUGGAAUUGUUUAGAGAGAUGGUAGAUGCUGGGAUUGCGCCUGAUUGGGUGGUUAUGUUAAGCUUGCUUUUGGUGAGUGGACAAUUGGGGUGGUUAAAGCAAGGGAAGAGUGUGCAUGGAUGGUGUGUGAGAAGGUGUUUGGGGAUGGAGUUGAAUUUAGGGAAUGCUAUUGUUGAUAUGUACUUAAAGUGUGCUACACUAAGUUAUGCUCAUAGAGUUUUCAAUAUGAUUAAUCAAAGAGAUGUCAUUUCUUGGAGCUCUCUCAUAUUAGGAUAUGGGUUGAGUGGCAAUGUGAGUAUUGCUUUGGAACUCUUUGAUAAUAUGGUUGCCAAAGGGGUUAAACCCAAUCAAGUUACAUUUCUUGGUAUAUUAUCAGCAUGUGCCCAUGGUGGACUAGCAGAAAGAGCGAGUUCGUGUUUUGAAAUGAUGGGGGCCUAUGGGGUGACGCCAGAGUUGAAACAUUAUGCUAGCAUGGUUGAUUGUUUGGCAAGAGCUGGGCUUUUGGAGCAGGCAGAGGAUUUUAUUAAAGAAAUGCCUAUGGAACCUGAUGCAGCCAUCCUAGGAGCUAUUCUAGCAGGCUGUCGUGUUCAUACUAAUAUUGAAGUCGGUGAACGAAUUGCAAGGAAACUUAUUAGUCUAGAGCCAGAGAAACCUGCAUAUUAUGUGCUGUUAUCAAAUAUAUACGCUGCUGCUGGUAAGUUUGAUGCAGCUGAGAAAGUUAGGGAAUUCAUGAAGGAGAAGAAUGUAUAUAAGGUACCAGGUUGUAGCUCAAUUGAGUCGGAGAAUUAGCUUUCCUUGUCAACAAAACAAUGAA